AUGAAGUGGCUCUUUGUCUUGUUGGCGUGUGCGGCGCUGUCAGAGGGGCUCCACAGGGUCCCUCUGACGCGGUUCAAGUCCGUUAGACAGCAGCUGAGGGAGAAGGGCAUUCACCUGCCCUACACUGACCCUGCCUUGAAAUACCAGCCCUACAGCUCCUACGCCACCGGUGUCGAGCCCAUUAACAACUAUGCUGACACCACCUAUUACGGUGCCAUCAGCAUUGGGACUCCCCCCCAGUCCUUUCAGGUCCUCUUUGAUACCGGCUCUUCUAACCUGUGGGUGGACUCCGUCUACUGCAACACCCAGGCCUGCACCGCUCACAACCAGUUCAACCCUUCACAGUCCUCCACCUUCUCCAGCACUAGCCAGACCAUCUACCUGCCUUAUGGCUCUGGGAGCCUGUAUGCUAACAUAGGCUACGACACUGUCUAUGUUGCUGGUAUCACCGUCACCAAUCAGGAACUCGCUGUGAGCACCAACGAACCUUCCCAGCCCUUCCUGUCAGCCCAGUUUGAUGGCAUCUUGGGACUGGCCUACCCUGCCAUUGCGGCUGGUCAGGCCACACCUGUGAUGGAUACCAUGAUGCAGGAGAAUCUUCUCCAGCAGAACUUGUUCGCCUUCUACCUGUCUGGGAAUGAGCAGCAGGGCAGUGAGCUGACUUUCGGAGGUGUCGACACCAACAUGUACCAGGGCCAGAUCUACUGGACUCCCGUCACUGCUGAGACCUACUGGCAGAUCGGCAUCCAGGGGUUCCUGGUUAACAAUCAGCAGACCGGCUGGUGCAGUCAGGGCUGCCAGGCCAUCGUGGACACCGGCACCUCCAUGCUGACCUGCCCUCAGCAGUUCCUGGGCCAACUGAUGCAGAGCAUUGGAGCUCAGCAAAACCAGUAUGGAGAGUAUAUGGUUGACUGCAGCAGCAUGUCCAGCCUGCCCACCAUCUCCUUCACCAUCAGUGGAGUGAACCUCCCCCUGCCUCCCUCUGCUUACAUUACAGUGGAGAACCAGGGUGGAUACCAGUACUGCAUGGUGGCCAUUACCCCCACCUACCUGCCCUCUCAGAAUGGCCAGCCCCUGUGGAUUCUGGGAGACGUCUUCCUGAGGCAGUACUACUCCGUCUAUGACCGCACCAAUAACCAAGUCGGCUUUGCCACUGCUGCCUAA